GAUACUGGCGCCACUUGAGUUUCUUUCAGUACUAUAAUUUUGUAUUCGUAGUGCUGAAUGGAGAACCACAUUUAUUCGUGUUUUCCAUGAAUAUAUAUUCCUGAAAUAUUGAAUAUUAUUAAUAGUGCUGCGGGCGAGUUGGCGAAAUGCACACGGCGGGCGCUGAUGGACAGUACAGAGGGACGAAUGGAGCAGCACUUGGACGGGACAAAGUGGCUAUAUUGGACGCAGGGUCACAGUAUGGAAAGGUGAUAGAUCGCAGAGUCCGCGAGUUAUGCGUGGAGUCAGAUAUUCUACCGCUGGACACUCCAGCGUAUCACCUCAGCGAGGCUGGGUACAGAGCGAUUAUCAUAUCUGGUGGACCGAAUUCCGUCUAUGCUGAAGAUGCGCCGAGAUAUGAUGCCGAUAUAUUCAAAAUGGGAUUGCCUGUUUUAGGUAUAUGCUACGGUAUGCAGAUGUUGAACAAGGAAUUUGGUGGGUCAGUGCUACGUAAAGAGGCACGUGAAGAUGGACAGUAUGAGGUGGAGAUCGAGACCACGUGUCCCUUGUUCAAUCGUCUAGAAAAAUUACAGCCGGUACUUCUGACACACGGUGACAGUGUGUCGAAGGUUGGCGAAAAAUUUCGCGUUGGAGCUCAGUCCUCCAACCAUUUGAUUGCUGCGAUUUAUAACGAACAAAUGCGUCUUUACGGGGUUCAGUUUCACCCAGAGGUGGAUCUAACACCCAAAGGGAAGCAAAUGCUGUCCAACUUCCUGUUCGACAUAGCGGGCAUGUCGCGUACGUUCACGUUGCGUUCGCGUCGUGACGCGUGCGUACAAUACAUACGGGAUACCGUUGGAGAUAAUAAAGUUCUGGUUUUGGUGAGUGGAGGUGUAGACUCGACUGUGUGUGCGGCUUUGCUUCGGACAGCGCUCAAAGAAGAUCAAGUCGUAGCACUUCAUAUCGACAAUGGUUUUAUGCGUAAAAACGAGAGCUCUAAGGUGGAAAGGUGCCUCCGUGAGUUAGGGGUUCGUUUACAUGUCAUCAACGCGGCUCAUCAGUUUAGACAAGGCAGUACAACAGUCCGCGAGGCGGGUGGUCGCACUCGGCACACGCCUUUACUGUGCCACACCGCAGCCCCAGAGGACAAGCGGAAGAUCAUCGGGGAUGUCUUCAUGCAGGUCGCGGAACAGGCUGUCAGGGAUCUGUUGAAUACACAAGAGGACCAAGUGCUCCUCGGCCAAGGAACUCUCCGUCCGGACUUGAUAGAGUCGGCGUCCUCGCUGGCCUCAAGCAACGCGGCCACAAUUAAGACACAUCACAAUGACACGGAACUGGUGCGCGUGUUAAGGCAACGCGGCAGAGUCGUGGAGCCGCUCAAGGACUUCCAUAAGGACGAGGUUCGCAUACUUGGCGCAGAGCUGGGUCUGCCUCCAGCGCUAGUAGAGAGACAACCGUUCCCGGGACCGGGACUCGCCGUACGGGUACUGUGCCAGGAUGAAGCCUUUGCUGACAGGGACUUUGCCGAGACACAAGUGAUAGUAAAGAUAAUGGUGGAGUACGCGUCUAUGUGCGUCAAAUGUCACGCGUUACUCGGUCGCGUAUCGAACGCGACGACGCCAGUUGAACAAACCGAGCUAAGGCGCAUCUCAUCCACUGGGCCUAUUGUUGCGACACUUCUGCCUGUGCGCUCUGUGGGAGUACAAGGAGACGGACGGACAUACAGCUACGCAGUAGCUCUGUCGACAGAACGCUACCCACCCGAUUGGAAGGAUAUGCAAUACUUGGCGCGUAUCAUUCCGCGCGUCUGCCACAAUGUUAAUAGGGUGUGUUAUGCGUUUGGCGGUGUGAUAAAGGAGCAGAUAACGGACAUAACACCGACAUUCUUAACACAACAGGUCAUAUCUACCAUUCGUCAGGCGGAUGAUCUCGCCACACAGGUGCUAACAUCGAGCGGGUACGUCAACCGCAUCGCACAGAUGCCCGUGGUGCUGAUCCCGAUCCACUUCGACCGAGACGCGGCUCUUCGGACACCUUCGUGCCAACGCUCGCUGGUGCUUCGCCCCUUCCUAACUUCGGACUUCAUGACGGGCGUCGCGGCCCUGCCCGGCAGUGAUGUCAUGCCGCAGGAUGUGGUCGACAGAAUGCGCAAAGAGCUGAUGACGGUACCGGGAAUAUCUCGUGUGCUAUACGAUCUGACGCCCAAACCACCAGCCACUACCGAAUGGGAAUGAUUCCUAUACGUCUGUAGAUAUAGAGAAUGGACUGGCCCGCUAUAUGUCAAAUCAAUAGAAAAUGGACGACGUUCAGUUGUCAAAUAUCAAAACAAGAGAAUGUGUGGAGGUAAACGGCUGUCAAAAUUAGAGAACGGGCAGUGCCCUAUUCAGCUAUCAUACUAUAGAGAAUUGGCGGGAUAAAAGAUUAUUAAAUUUAAAUCAGAAAUAUCAGUGGCCAUUUUAAUUGUACAUUCUCUAUAGUUAUAUUUUUACAGUGUUUCAGUGAAGUCCAUUGUCUAUGUCUGAACGUUCCACGUGUUAAUGAACGUGCGGAAAUGUCAAAUGUCAUUGUUAAGUCAAUUGUUAAAUGUCAAAUAGUUUUAUGUUAAUUUAGACAUUAUAAAAUUGUCUUUCUAAAGAAAUCUAGUUUCAGUGGCUGUCAGAAAUUAUAUGGAUGAAUCAAUUUGAUGUUUUAAAGCUCAAGACAAGAUUGUUAAACGGCUUGUGCCCAGUGAAUUUCUAUUUAAAAUACAAUUGACUAUUUUCGACCACGUUCAUGACCUUUUUACUUAAGCACCGGCAGUGGUAAUAUUUGUUAGCAAUUUUUAUAUCGAAUUUUGACAGAAAUUGGUCAAAGCCUUUAAGAUUUUAAAGGUUUUCCGUGUAUUUGACUCUGAAAUUAAGUUAUGUUAAAUGCUCUAAAGGAAUUUGUUAAUUUGUGAAACACAAUUUAGCUUCACUGUUUUGUAUUUAGUAAAAAUAUCAAAGGCUGUGUAAUAUAUAAAGCCAACAAAAUUUCACUCCGAAUAUAAAACUUAUAUGAAAUCAGACGCAUUGAUGGAAUGAUUCAGUGUUAUUUACUGGAAGUUUCGUAAAUAAAAUUAUAUUAUUGCUUUAUUUUCA